AUGAACCCCGAAAAGAAAUUGACCCUCACCAAAAUAACAUUAAAUCGACCUUCACAAAAGAUUGGAUUACCACCAAAAAUCACACUCAAUAAACAACUUGAUUCAAGACCUUAAAGUUCAAAAAUUGAUAUUCAACCUGUAAAUAUAAAUUGGCUAGUCGAUAAUAUUUAAUAAGAGAAUAAGUUAGAAUGGAUAUAAAAAUGUUUCGUCUUUUUUAAAGAUUGGACCUAAAACACAGAAUGCAAUGAUUAGGGCAAGGAAUCAAUUUUAAAAUAGAGUAUUUAAUUAAUAGACUUUAACGAUCUGCAAGUUAGAUUAUAUGCAAUCAAAGCAGCAUUGUUUGGAUUCACUACCUUAAAUUUAUUAGAGCUAUUAUUUUAAAAAUAAGCUAAACCACUCCUAAGAAGACCAAAGAGCGGAUCCAAAAUUCAAGAAUAAUUGCCCUCAUUGCUUUAUCAACCUUAAUAAUUCUUAGCCAUUUUAUAGAAGACUGCAUAAUUGAGUAAUGAGAAUGUAUUCUUGAAUUUAAUAAACGACAAUUCAUUGAGUUUUGUUUUGUUUCGAAUUUUGAAACUCUUUACUCAAUUACCAAAGGACCAAGCAACUACGUCCUAAUAAUUACCAUAUCUCAAUUUAAUUUUCAUUAUCAUCAAGAAUAUAGCCAAUAACAAAAAGGAAGCACAAAAAUUAUUAUAACCCGCUUAUAUAUAAUUAAUAGAUAAUCAUUUGCAUUCAUUCCCAUUUGAUCAAACCUAUGAGAAAGACUUACUGAAUUUAUAUACUACAAUAACUGCCACUCUGAGAAACUUGGCGAACGAAAAUAAUAGUGUAGAGAUGUAUCUUCAGAAUGGAAUUAUUAAAAAGUUGGUCAUUAGUAUGGUUAGCUAUAGCAACAAUUAUGAGUUGAUUUUAAAUACGUUAAGAAUUAUGUCAAAGAUGUCAUUGAGUAAGGAAUGUUGUGAAUACUUCUUAUAAAGCACUGAGGCUAUGCAAAAUAUUUCAAGUUUCUUUAAAACAUAUUAAACCAAUAUUUACAUCAUCAUCAGAGCUUCCUUUUUAUUAGCCAAUAUGACAACAUACUUUGAAGGAAUUAGAUAAUUAAUUUAUUAUAAAUUUAAUCAAUUUGGUGACAUCCUCAAAUGCUUUGAUUAUUUUUGGACAAAAGAAAUAAGUCCAUAAUAAUUGAAUCAAAUCGAUUAAUUUUCAUAAAGUAGAGCAGCCUGGGAUUUCUAAAUAUUAUAAUCAGAGAAAAAGAUAUUGAUGCUCUCAUCAGAAUCAUAAGAUUAAUAGCAAAAUAUAUUGACCAUAGAAUAAAUCGGAUUGGAUAUCUUAAAGAAUUAUUCAACUGAAUAUAGAGUAUUAAUAUCAAAAUUAUUAAAAUUGUUGCAAAAGAAUACUGCCAUUUCUAAACAAUAAGAAAUCAUUUCUUGUACCUUAAGUUGCUUAUCCAAUUUAACAUUUUAUGAGAAACAAACCUUUUUAAAUGAUUUUGAAUACAAAAAUGUUAAAUUUGAGUUGAUAACCACUCUUGGACAUUUCAUCAUUUAAAAUGAAGAUCAAGAAAUUUGUUGUGAUGGUUUAAGAGUGUUAUCAAAUUUAUCAAGAUAGAAGGAUUUAAUCAAAUAAAUUAUGAAAUCAAGAAUCUCAGAAGGUGUUAUUGUAUUAUUAGAUUCUAAUUCAAGAGAAGUUGUAUAUUAUUGUCUAGGAGUGAUACUAAAUCUGUUAUAAGAUUAAGACUUUAAGUAAGAAUUUUCAGUAUUUUUUAGAAAAAAGGAAAAUAUGAAUAUAAUCGAUUAUAUAACCUAAGUUUUGAAUGAUUGCACAACUAACGAAAAUGAUAUUGCCAAUCUUGGGUUAAAGUGCUUAAUCUUAUUAUUGGACUCAAAUUUAAAUUAGGAAUAUGCAAAAAAAAUUGAAACAGCAGUCUCAUCAUUUGGAAAUGUAUGUGAUUAAGUUCUACAAGCAAAGGAAAACAAUGAACUUAAUAAUACAAGACAGUUGAUCAAUUAAAUUAUCAAUAAUAUUCCAGAGGAAGGUUACUCAUGUAUGUAACCCAAUUGUGGUAGAAAAUUUAAGACUUAAAUGGAAUUACAAAUCCAUAUUAACAGAAGGCAUAAAUUAUGA